CUCAAGACAUCAGUGUGAACAUACAUCAAAAGUACACCCGCUGUGCACGCCACUAGCAAAAAUAUAUAGAGUAGAUAGGUAAUUUUCCUUUGUCUGGGUGUAGUAUACUAUACACUUAAAUUCGCUGUUGUUGGUGCACGCAUCUCACAGCGCACUAUCUGAAUUAUUUUCAGUUUGAGCGGAAGCGUGAUAAUAAGUUUAGGUAGACUAGCACUAAUUCUAAAGAAGGGUAUAUCGUAGAAAAAUAGAUGAGACUUAAAAAGGAGAAAGUGUAAGUAAGCAGUACACACCUUAAUGGCACUUUACUCGAGACGACCAAUUGAUAGUAUAGAAUUCAAUCGGUAGUUUCAUAUAGCAGAGCAAUAGAGCACGCUUGAUAGAAGUACGUGUUUGCUCUGCUUUCUGGAUUGAAGUCAAGGGACUGUAGACAUCUCUGUGAGGACAGUUAUUGGUAUCGCUACAAACUCGCCGUGUACAAAUACGUCGACUAUACUUCAAAAAUACACAUUAUUCGCCGCACAUUGCUUACUUAGGCGGUUGCGCCCUGCCAGUUACCAUAAGCACUGGCCGUGCUUUGAAUCAUACUCCUACUCGGGUGCACUUAAGAUACCUACGUGUGCACAUAUUCUUAAAAAUUCGAAUACACUCGCAAGCACAUUCAAGAUGGACAAGGCACUAACUAAGAAAGUGAGUGAUUCACACUCAGGCGGACAACAGCUUGGCGAAGUGGUCAUGAUCGUUAAGCGAAGCUCGCCCUCCAUAAAACCCACUAAAGCUAGCCGGCCUACUAAACAAAAAAAUGGUCAGCUACUGCCCUCUCCAAGGAAUCCUCCCAGUGAGCACAUACCGGAUGGUAGAAAAAAUUGGGCACCAGAUCAAGGUGGUGGUCCCGGGCAGCAGCAGUCAGAUUUAGACACUCGCAGAUAUAGCAGUGGUCUCGAUAUGGGAGCCGCAAAGCCUCGACCAGCGCCGCGUCCACGGCAAGAUAAUAAUGAGAAUAAUACACAGGCUAGGACCGCCAGCCGCAACGCAAACAUGAUGGCCCUCAAACGGGGCUCAUCGGAGUUUAAUCGGUCGCAUGAUAUACUUGCGCUCAACAGGCAGAAAAGUAUGGGGGAGACAAUGCAUAUGGCACAACCAGGGUCUGAGGAGAACAGUAGAAGGGUGCACUGGAACCAUAAUGUGACAGUGUGUGCGACAUAUCCUGCGCCCUCAAAGGUAAAAUGGUUAAACAAGUGGGUACAAACUAUCGGAAAAUCUAGUAAAGAUUCAUAUGAUCGACGAGGCACUCUACCCGUACUGGGGGAGGGUGACAAGCACGAUGCAGCCAUUGACGUCCUUUCGCUACGAAAGGAAUUGUUCCCUGAUGGUCAUUGUUUCGGAUUUAGAACUGCAGCACCGGUGAGCGUACCGGUCAAUUAUGUCGGAACACCUGAGGUCAUGCGGGCGACAGUGGGUUCUGUUGAACAGAUGUACGUGCCUCACCAGCACGACACCCAGUCCUUCCCCGAUCAAGGCCGAGGGCCGCCAGGCUUUGGAGCGCAUGGGUCGGCAGGACAGUUUGAUUUCGCCAAUACGGGCAGUAGGGAUGGAUUAACAGCCGGGCUGGACUCUAAUUCUAUGGCAUUUCCGGGUCCUGGUGGCUCCACGCAACGAGGUCCGCAUGGCAAGCGUAUGGUUCCAGGACAACAAGGCGGCUACGAUCGUGGGCCAAAUACCACUACUCAGAUUGGACUACGCGGAGGUAGUGUCCGAAAUGCCCAAAAGAACUUCUGGACGGGUGCACAAGCGCCUAGAAGGGCGUCACUCAACCCGGCGUCGGAGAUGAAUUCGGCAGAAGCCGAUGAGGAACAGUCGAGGAGACGUCGGCAAGUACAACAGUAUCAGAAUAUCAUGAGUCUGCCUCAAGGACAGGGCCAAAGAGGCCCUAUGCAAGGUGGGCCCGGUGGCGGAGGAAUGCAAGGCACGCCACAACAUUUCCAACAACAAAUGCAGCAACGAAACCAACCGCAACGACAAUCAAUUCAACAUAGAAUGUCAGGUGGAGGCACUCGAUCACAAGGGCAAAUGAACUACCCUCAACAGCAACAACAACAACAACAACAGCCGCAAUACUAUAGAGGUGUCUCGCAGACGCAAAAAGGAGGUCCGCCGCCUGGUGCGCAAAACAGGGGUUUAGUCAAGGUAAGCUCGGGUGGCCAGCCAACGGGAAGAAAUCGCGUGCCUUCUGCGGACGACACAGUGAACGUGACUUACGGGUAGUUGAAUCUACAAAAAGAGUUAACUAAAUUUUGGAAUUAGCAUAAUGUGAAAUAGUCAUGUACAUAGCGAG